AGCUUCCCUCAUUCGGAUCAGGCUCAGUACGUCACACUGGCCGCUCAGCUAGGAAGCGCCGUGAGGUUGAUGAACGUUACACCUCACCAACAACACGGAGAUCGCGACGCCUACAUGAUCAUGAGAAAUCACAAGAGACGAGCCCUCAUUUUGUGCAGGGCAAGCGCGAGGGCGACGCUGGAAGAGGUAGUGAUCUUGGGAUCGUCGACGUUGAAGCGGCUGACAUAUGACAGAAAAGCAGCGAGAAAGGAAAAGAAAGGGUACAGAUGCUGACAUCGAGACACAAUUACUCGAGGCCAAUAAGAAACGAUUGCUAAAGCAGCAAGACUGGAUUGGUGUUGCACCUUCAAGACCUGUUGACCUACAGUUCUUGUCGAUCAAAGAAAAGAGCCGAAUUGGCAAACGCAGGAAGUCCGACGGCAAGAGCAAAGCAGUCACUCGCCGUCGGAGCCCUACUACGUUUCCGCGUCGAGCCGGCCAGGGUGAGCUCGAACGUCGUGGGGACACGUUCAUGCGUGCUCUGCCCGUAGUCACCGCUGCUGCUAACAUUCGAGUUCGAAUUGGGUCAGAUGAUUUAACGACUGCUGCAUCAACGCAACCCAAAAACUACGCCCGGUCACAGACUAAUUCAGACUCCAUGCUCUUCGAUGAGGAGGGUGUAGACGCAGCACGGCAAAUGGAGUCAGAAGCCCCGCAGAGCGUCACUCCUUCCGGUCACGCACUCGCUGCGAACCCCAGGUCGAAUGUGAACCAGCCUGCAAAGUCUGACUCUGACUUUUCGCUUCAGCAUGGCCAGUCUGCACACCGUGGUCUUACGGAAGGACCGGAUGUUCAUGCAAACGAGCGCAUUCGGUAUGUUGCAGCUGAAGCGAACACGCUGGACCAGUCUGUCCAACAGAGCGAAGCGACAGACCCAAGCUAUCGACUCACGCACCACGUGGGAGGUAUCGAACGCCCUCUGAAGCUAGUCUUCGAUAGAAGAAGUCCUUCAAGAGUUGGUCAUACAGCGUCGCCGACUGGCCAAAUUGGCAAGGCGCAGCGUGUCCAUGCAACUUUCAACGCCAAAGAAACCGAGACUGGACAUGCAUCCCGAAACGUCGGUGAGGCUCACCAAUCUGUUAUCAGAAGACCUCCAAAUGCACCUGCAAUCGUCGAUGAUGAACCCUGGAGGACGUACUUGGACAUAGGCACGUCGAGCUCUGGCCAGGUCCGUGUCAACGACGAGACCGGAACGAGCGUCCCGCAGCCUCAUGUUUCUGCACGAAACACUAGAGCUGAUCGCACAAGCUGCCCACAGCAUACCGCCCAGGGCAAUCUUACGCACGUCAACUUGUCGACAGUCUCCGCCUCUUUGCUUGCUCCAAAACGGCGGAGUGACCGCCUUCCAGACGCACGUCCCCUUCUGCGAACCGCUGCGAUCAAAGAGGUUGACGACAACGAGCAAGUCUGGCGAUGCUUUGUUGGGCUCGGUAGUGACCCGCAAUCUGCCAUUGACACGAUCCACACUCACAAUGAGACAAGUGAGGACUCGAUGUCGCGAGCAACGAAGGGCUAUGCUUCGACAAGGCCGCCGCUGUCUAACGCUGUCAGCUUGACACCAUUUCCGUCUACACCGUUCAGGUCACUAUCAGGACAGGCUUCUCGCAUAAGUGACGACAUGCAAUAUGCGCCACACUCAGGGUCCCGGUCGAUCACCUCAGCGGCUCCAUCCUAUGCGGCGUGGGGUCGCAUCGGGUCACCGAAUGAGGACGUCCAGAAUGAAGGUCAGGGCGAGGAGACACCUGCACGCAGCCAUUUCGGCGAGCAAUCGACCCAUGCCUCAUCACAGAACCAUGCAUCGCAUGCCAGCGAGAUGUUCAGUGAUACAAGAACGUCCCGCGGUGAUCUGGACCGGCGUGGUCGCGUGUGGGACGAUGUUUCGAGGCGGGCGCAGGCGAGUGGAAGCGUUGUUUUGCAACGAGGUCGGGGUUCAUCUAUCUGGGACAUUCCAGAUAGCGAUGAAGCGGGUAUCGACCUUGUCAACCCGGACAGGUUGACGUGAGCUUGUUUCGCGUCAAGGUGUUGCUGGGAAAGACGCGUACAGCAAUCGGAUUUACGGCGUCUCUUUUGUUUUGUUCAGACAGACACGUCUAGCUAUCGCCUAUGUCAAGAAUGGUGAAGGUCAAGGUUUUACACGACAUCAAAAAAUCUCGUUUGACAGAUGCUGUGUCACGCUCUUUUUAGCAUGAGCUGAGCUGAGCUGAGCUGACUACCCAA